AUGGCAACAGCAGCGUAUGUGGAUCAUUUCGCAGCAGAGUGCCUUGUUUCUAUGUCCAGUCGUGCUAUUAUCCAUAGUCGCAAAGGGGAGCCCGGUCUCCAACCUGAUGCAGCAAUAGCUGCUUCUUCAAACGGAGAAGAGAAGCGGGAAGUCAGAGAAACCGGGAAAGACAAUGGAUCAUCGUUACUUGUGGUAGCUAGUAUUUUAGCAGAUCUGAACCAGCAUGUCCCAAACUCACCCACUCUAAGGAUGGAAAAAACAGAGACCUUUGAUAUCACAGAACAAAUACACAUUUCCGUUGCUCCUAAGGAGUUUGGGGAAGAAAGUGUGUCUUUGGCUGGUAAGCGUGGAGGAGGAAGAGCAGCCACACCUACUAGUCUGGCUGCAGUAACUGAGCCAAGCCCCAGACAAAAGAACAAACGCACGAGAAGCUGGACUGACCCUGGAUCACCCCAGAAAAAGCACAAAUGCCACUAUGUGGGGUGUGAAAAAGUUUAUGGCAAAUCUUCCCAUCUUAAAGCUCAUCUAAGGACCCACACAGGUGAACGGCCGUUUGAAUGCAGCUGGCAAGGGUGUAACAAGAAGUUUGCUCGCUCCGAUGAGCUGGCCCGCCACUACCGUACUCACACUGGAGAAAAGAAGUUCAGCUGUCCUCUCUGUGAGAAACGCUUCAUGCGCAGCGACCAUCUGACAAAGCAUGCCCGUCGCCAUGCCAAUUUCCACCCAAGCAUGCUCAAGAGGCGAAGUGGAAGCAGCUCAAGAACAGGGUCUGUCAGUGACUACAGCCGCUCAGAUGCCUCAAGUCCAACGAUUAGUCCUGCCAGCUCCCCAUAG